AUUGCAUACACCUCUCGCCGUACUCCUCCAACCCCGGGAAGUUGCAGGAGAUGGACUCCUCCAGCAAAGACUGAUAUGGCACCUCGAACUUCCAGAGCAUCCGCGCGAGCUGUACCUGGCCUCCCCGCUAAGACGUUUGUCCUUGACAAUGGCGCAUACAACAUCAAGGCCGGAUUUGCGCCUGCACGGUCCGCUUCAGACACAGACGCCCUCGCCGGUUGUCAUACGAUCCCGAACGCCCUCAUAAAGACGCGUGACAGGAAAACAUACGUUGGCGCCGAAGCGCAAGGCAUCUCACAAUGGAGCGAAGCACACUAUCGUCGUCCGGUUGAGAAUGGUCAGGUUGUCAGCUGGGAGGCGCAAAAGGAGAUUUGGGAUCGCUCCUUCUUCGAUGAACACACCACUCACAAGGAUGUUUGGAUUAAAAGUCCCGAGGAAACUACUCUGGUCUUCACCGAACCUCCAAACACUAUGGCUGCGUUGCAGAAAAAUGCCGAUGAAAUUAUCAUGGAGGAAUGGCAAUUUGGUGGCUACACAAGGAUGAUCGCAUCCUCUCUCAACGCGUAUAACGAUUUGCACCCCCUCUUCGAAGAAGCGCCAACUCUCGACCCAGCUCAACCCGAUCUACCCAUGGAAUGCCUCUUGGUGGUUGACAGUGGCUACAGUCAUACCACCGUGACACCUUUAUUCAAUGGGAGACCCUUGCAACGCGCGAUCCGAAGGCUUGAACUAGGCGGUAAACACUUGACUAAUCUGCUGAAAGAAAUCAUCUCCGUACGGCAUUUCGAUCUUCAUCAAGAUACCAAGAUAGUCAACGACAUCAAAGAGGAUGUGUGCUUCGUCAGCACCGACUUCCACCAUGACCUCGAGAAGACUUGGAAGGCCAAUCAACCACAAAGGAGUUCUUUGGCCGUGAAAAUGCCAGGUGACCAGGCUCCAUCUGACAUCCGCAUUGACUAUGUCCUCCCGGAUGGCGUACACCUCCUUCGAGGGUUCUCACGGCCUCAUGAUUCCACACCUGCGGCAAAGAAGCGUAAACAAGCCUCUCUCCUCCAUCCGAAUGCGCACGACUCCGAAAUCUCCAUGACUCUGGGGAAUGAACGUUUUUCAGUCCCAGAAAUCCUUCUCUCUCCGUCAGAUGUUGGAUCGAAGCAACCUGGCGUCGCGGAUAUCAUUAUGCAAUCAAUGAGUGUUCUUCCUCCGCUCAUGCAAGCCACCAUGUUGAGCAACGUGCUAGUGGUUGGUGGAUGUGCUAAGAUUCCAGGCUUCAACUCCAGACUGGAAGCAGAAUUACGUAGUCGAUUCAAGACCGAAUGGCAGGUCCGUGUCAGGAGUCAAACUGACCCAAUCAAGUCAACAUGGCUAGGUGGCGCACGGAUGGCCAGCAAGUUUCCCGAGAUAGUUAGGGAGUAUGGAGUCACCAGAGAAGAGUAUCUCGAGCAUGGCAGCGGAUGGACUGCUCGGCGUUUUCUCAAUGGUGGUUCUGGGAAAGGUCCUUGAGCUUGUGAGAACAGCAACCAACUGUACGCAAGCAGAGGCUUGCUGGCGUCGGCCUAGAUCUCUCCAGUCCACUGACAAAAGUGGUUAUCAUUCAGGGCACGAGCAAACGAAAGAACCACUCAAGGCGCCCUCUCAAAGUAACCGAUUCGAGCUGAGUACCGAGGUUUUGAGCAGCGGAAGCCAUCCUUUCAUGGACCGGAUGAUUUCUGUCAUUUGUCUGCAUACUUGAACUCAUGCUUGACGAAUCGACCUCUAUUAGUGGCUCACUGGAUGGAGAGUAGCGCUGGGAAUACUCGUGUAAGUCACCCACACGAUACAUGGCUCGCAGGAUAUUUUCUCCCGCCCGGAAGCUGGGUAUGCCAGAUGAAGUUGGCCCGCUCCGAAAUCAGAUAGAGCAACCUGUAAGGGCUCAGACACCAGUGCCCAAAUACAAAACCUCGUCCCGAAGACACUCUGUUUGUGGUCGUCCAAGACCCAAGACUCCUAGCCUGUGGAAAUCCGUCAACCAGCUUCGAAACCAUCCUGAAACAGCCACCAGAAAUUUCCCGAGGCACUUUGAUAGUCGAUCAAUGCUACCUCAAUUCAUUUCACCAUUAAGUACCCUGGACAUAUCUAUGUAUCAACCAUCUCGCUUCUUGAACCAUAGAGCUCCUGUCAGCCGCCGCCAUGGACUUACCUGUCAUUCGGAGUUUGUCCUCUCCGAGACUCGAAUCCACAUCUUGGAUUGUCUUGUGUGCAAUUUCUGCAUCGACCUGCUUGCCCUCCUUCCGCCGGCGACAUCGGAUUGUCAUGCUAACGAGCCAUGCUGCGAGUAAGAUGAAGGCGCCCGCACC